ACUGGAAAGAAGAGGGUGAGGGGGAUUAGAGGUGAAGAUAUAAAAGCACAGCACAAACAACAAGCUUCACAAACAGAAGACUAGAAGCAGAGAUCGGCGGUGGCCUCUUGGGAUAUCUGUGACAACAGAGACCCUCAGCAGAAAUGAACGCCAACCCCCCUGCAGGAAGCGCCCUCGCCCCUGCUGCAACAACGGGCCCCACCACACCCAAGAAGGGACCACCCAAAUUCAAGCAGAGGCAGACCCGUACAUUCAAGAGCAAAGCCCCAAAGCCAGGCCAGAAGGGCUUUGGUGACGAUAUCCCCGGCAUGGAGGGUCUUGGCACAGACAUCACAGUGGUGUGCCCAUGGGAAGCCUUCGGCGACAUGGAGCUCAGCGACUUGGCCAAAUACGGCAUCAUCUAGCCUGCUGCCUUCCUCGCCUGCCUGCACCUCUCCUCUGUGUAAUCCUCUCCGCCCGGCCUUCUCUUCGUCCCGGCUCGGCGCGCCAUGAUAAGGCUGCCAGCAAAUCCCCCUAACGCCCUCUCGUCUAUCUACCUCAUGCUUCACUCCACUAAGUGGACGGAAAGCAUAAUAAUGUUAUUUUUAUAUUAUUAUACGAUACUGUUUAUACUAUACAUGCUUGAGAUGAGAAGACGAGAAAAAGAACUCCACGUACCUUAUUCCCUUACCUUUCAUCCAUCUAUGAUAGUCUUCUGCUGACUCCCACUCUCCCCCUCUCCCCCCUCCGGCACUCCUAACCCACGGCAAGCAAAACGCUAGUUAUGUAGUCAUAACUAGUGCUGGUAUUUGCUUCUAGCUGUCUAUUAAAAUGUAAAUAUUUUGUUCUCAGCGUUAAAACCUUUUGACCUUGUCUUCCAUCCUACCUUUUGUACUUCCUCCCGCUUUUAUUUUGCAUUUGUAUUUUCUACUCCUUGUGCGCAAGGUUACUGUGAACACCAAGGGAUGCAAGGAGAGCGUGCAAUAUAUAUAUAUAUAUAUAUGCUGUAAUGGUGAAAACUACAAUGCACUUUCACGUGAUCACGGAGGAUGAACUCCCUUUUAUCCCAUCUCUCUCUCUCCUUGCUGCUAUCUGAACCCAGAUCCCUCCUGAGAGAAAACAAAGGCAUAUAUAUAUUUAUGUAUGUUUUGUGUUGCAAGCACUCUACCACAGAUCACGUACUGUGAACUGGUACGUCCUGAUAGCUGCAGUAAAAUGUGUAUAUUUUAAGUACUCAUGUUGUCCAUCUCUUUUUUGUUUCUUUCUGGGAUACCCAAUAAAAGAUGAAAAAAAAAA